GUUGGACGAGUUAGGGUGUUGCUGCUGCUGCUUCUGAGGCCCUGGCCAAUGGAACCCGAUCCACCCCGCUGUGCGUAAGCGCGCAAUUAAGGAUUUAACCAAGGCUGUGCUGCGCCUCAGCCAGCAGUCCGCCUGCUGGAGACAGAGCUUCCACGACUCCCCGCCUCCUCCUCGCCGCCGCCGCCGCCGCCUCCUUCUCCUCCUCUUCCUCCUCCUCCCUCGCUCCCACAGUCAUGUCUGCUUAGACCGGAGCAGCCCCACAGCCAAGUCCGGCAGCAGUCUCCGCCACAGCAGCAGGGACAGCCGCGUCCGCCGUGAGCGAUGACAGGCGUGUUUGACAGAAGGGUCUCCAGCAUCCGAUCCGGCGACUUCCAAGCUCCGUUCCAGACGUCGGCGGCCAUGCACCACCCGUCUCAGGAAUCGCCAACUUUGCCCGAGUCGUCCGCCACCGAUUCCGACUACUACAGUCCCCCGGGGGGAGCCCCGCACGGCUACUGCUCUCCUACCUCGGCUUCCUACGGCAAAGCGCUCAACGCCUACCAGUAUCAGUACCACGGCGUGAACGGCUCGGCCGGGAGCUACCCCGCCAAAACUUACGCCGACUACAGCUACGCCAGUCCCUACCACCAGUACGGCGGAGCCUACAACCGCGUCCCGAGUGCCAGCAGCCAGCCAGAAAAAGAAGUGGCGGAGCCCGAGGUGAGGAUGGUGAAUGGCAAACCAAAGAAAGUUCGUAAACCCAGGACUAUUUAUUCCAGCUUUCAGCUGGCCGCAUUACAGAGAAGGUUUCAGAAGACUCAGUACCUCGCCCUGCCGGAACGCGCCGAGCUGGCGGCCUCGCUGGGACUGACGCAGACACAGGUGAAAAUUUGGUUUCAGAACAAAAGAUCCAAGAUCAAGAAGAUCAUGAAAAACGGGGACAUGCCCCCGGAGCACAGCCCCAGCUCCAGCGACCCGAUGGCGUGUAACUCCCCGCAGUCUCCAGCCGUGUGGGAGCCCCAGGGGCCCUCCCGCUCCCUCAGCCAUCACGCUCACGCCCACCCUCCGACCUCCAGCCAGUCCCCUGCGUCCAGCUACCUGGAGAACUCGGCUUCCUGGUACCCAAGCGCAGCCACCUCGGUCACUUCCCACCUGGCGCCGCCCGGCUCCUUACAGCACCCGCUGGCCCUGGCCUCGGGGACGCUCUAUUAGAUGGGCUCUUGCCCUCUUGCUCGCCUUUUUGGGACUACAGUGUUUUGCUGUUUAAGAAAAAUCAUAAAAGAAAGGAUUCAU